AUGGGCUCUGUUUCCAACCAGCAAUUUACAGGGGGCUGCGCGAAGACGGAAGAGGAGGAAGGGCCAAGCACCGAGGAGGGUUCGCGCUCCUUCCACGGCAGCGGCGUGUGUAAAUGGUUUAACGUGCGGAUGGGCUUCGGCUUCCUGUCCAUGACGAGCCGGGAGGGCACCCCGCUCGAGGCCCCGGUCGACGUGUUUGUCCACCAGAGCAAGCUGCACAUGGAGGGCUUCCGCAGCCUGAAGGAGGGUGAGGCUGUGGAGUUCACCUUUAAGAAGUCGGCCAAAGGCCUGGAGUCUCUGCGGGUGACGGGCCCUGGCGGAGCUCCCUGUGUGGGCAGCGAGAGGAGGCCCAAGGGCAAGAGCAUCCAGAAGCGCCGCUCCAAGGGAGACAGAUGCUACAACUGUGGAGGACUGGACCACCAUGCCAAGGAGUGCAAGCUGCCCCCACAGCCCAAAAAGUGCCAUUUCUGCCAGAGCAUCGCACACAUGGUGGCCAACUGUCCAAUCAAAGCACAGCAAUCAUCACCCAGCUCUCAGGGAAAGCCCGCCUCACUGAAGGGGGAGGAGGAAGAACACGCCCCCAUGCUUCCAGAGAGCUCUGAUUGA